GGGAAAUCGUUUAGUCCUCUUUGGCUCUAUCAUGGUAAAUAAUUUGUCGGAGGGGCGGCGGGUCCGGUGCCUAUCCCAGCAGAGCAUGCAAAGGCGCCGAUGAAGCACCGAGCAGAGAAAUCAGAUAUAAUGCUCAUUGUUGCUCAUCUCUGUUGAACUUUCUACCUAUUGCUGCAUCUCUAUCCCUUGGUGCUGGGGCGCAUUGUCUUUCUUUGACACGUUGUCGCUCGUUAAUCUGCGUUAUCUUAUCAAGUCUGUCCUUUUCAUUACAUCUACCUUCAUUCCAUUAUGUGGCUUUUGGGCAAGCUCACAUUGGCAACGAUGCUCGUCGCCAGUCAGGCAGCCGAUAUCAACACGCAGUUCUGGGUCGAGAAAGCCACGGGACCAGUAACGCGCUCGGGUCAGAGUGGUGAUCUGGGCGGGAGCUGCGCCCCAUAUAUGGACGUGUUAAACGAUAUAUAUCUUGAGGCCAUAGACAUGGCGGAGGUUGCACUAGAGGCCUUGAACAAUUAUGCCAGCAACCCAGUUAUCCGUGCGACGCUUCAGACAUAUAUGGGUAUCAAACCAGAUGGUACCGAGGUCUCGGCAGCUCAUACCUCCCAAUUCAACUACAUCAAGGGAGCCUACAACACGGUGGUUGCCUUUGGGAACUUGCACUAUGGCAGUGAUCGGCAGCCCGCUUUCUUUUGCGAUGGAGGCUGGCGGUGGAAAACAACAAUGGAAUAUGUCGAUGGAAAGCAAACUGGGCGAACAGUGUCAGAGGCAUCAGGAGGCAUAUCCAGUUAUAUGUACUAUUCACCGCGCUUCAAGACUUGGGCUGGUAUGCAGGAUGGUUGUGGGGACUCAGCGACUCUAGGUUUCUUUCUUUCCGACCCCAGAAGUAUUACUAUCUGCCCUGCUGCCUGGACAUGGAAGAGAAGAAAGGACUCUUUGAAGCCGUGGAGGGACGGCACGCGGGUCAUGAGGGAUGGCAGACCCUUCUACAAUGCUUACUCUCUGCCCGGGACAUUCUUACAUGAAUUGAUCCACCUCACCAGUGAAUCAAUAAUCACGGACAAGAAAGUGAUUGUGGAUGGUCAAGAGAAACCAGCCUAUUUCCCAAAUAACGUGGCUGAACUGGCGAAGUCGAGCGUUGACGAUGCCAGGCUGAACGCAGACAGUUACGCAUGGUUCGCUACCGCCAUGUAUCUGCCUGCAAUGGAUUGGUCUCGAGAAAUUGCUGGCACAUACACCGGCAGCAAGGUCUCAUCUCGCAUGGUCGGCAAUAUUACUUCAUAUAUACCUGAAGAAAAUGGUCUGAAGCGCCGCAGCGACUUUGCAAGUCCGGCAGUUCGGAACCUUGAAGAAUAUGAGGAUGAUGUUAUCACUGACUAUUUACUGUGAAGGUGCUUUGAACUACUUCAAAGCUUGGCAAUAUCUAGUGAGCCCCGGUUUGGGUGCUCUCUUUCUUCAUGUAUACAUCUUGCAUCUUUCACAUACCUAAGCCAGC